AUGGCUUCCACCAUGGAGUCUGCUGCUGCUGCUCCUGAAUACCCCAGGAAGAUCUUGGACUACAUGGAGGGCUUCUUGGUUUCCAAGACUAUGUUUGCGGCGUGUGAGCUGGGUGUGUUUGACCUGCUCCAGACCUCAGGGCGCCCCCUGUCUGCAGGAGAGGUAGCGCAGGCUGUGGGGGCCAGUCUGGAUGGGACCGAGAGACUGCUGUCUGCCUGCACAGGACUGGAACUGCUCGCUGCCCACACACAAGAUGGACAAGUGAUGUACAGUAACACGGAACAGUCCCGUGUGUAUCUGACUCGCUCCAGCCCGGUGUCUCUCUACCAUUCCGUCCAGUACAACUCCAGAACCAUCUACCUCUGCUGGCACUACCUGACCGACGCUGUAAGAGAGGGCACAAACCAGUAUGAGAAGGCAUUUGGGGUCAACUCCAAAGACCUGUUUGAAGCCCUGUACAGGUCGGAUGAGGAGAUGGUGAAGUUCAUGCAGCUGAUGAACUCCGUCUGGAACAUCUGUGGCAGGGACGUGGUCACGGCGUUUGACCUUUCCCCUUUCAGGAACAUCUACGACCUCGGAGGCUGCAGUGGAGCAUUGGCCAAGCAGUGCACGUUGGCAUACCCAGAAUGCACUGUAACAAUCUUUGACCUCCCCAAGGUGGUACGCAUGUCGAAAGAACAUUUUGUUACCGACGGCAACCAGAGGAUAGGCUUUCACGAAGGGGACUUCUUCAAAGACCGGCUGCCAGAAGUUGACCUCUACGUUCUGGCCAGAAUCCUCCAUGACUGGACGGACCUGCGCAGUAUAGAGCUGCUGACCAAAGUCUACCAUGCUUGUAAACCAGGAGGUGGGGUAUUGCUGGUGGAGGCGUUGCUGCAUGAAGACCGAUCAGGUCCAUUGACAGCUCAGCUGUACUCCCUGAACAUGCUGGUGCAGACAGAGGGGCGAGAGCGGACGGCAGGGGAGUACACCAGCCUGCUCUCUGCCGCCGGCUUCAGCAGCGUGGAGGUGCAGAGGACGGGCAAGAUAUACGACGCCAUCCUGGCGCAUAAAUAGAGAGAACCGCAAUACCCAUGUACUGCCUGGCCCCUACAGAGAUGACCUCCGUACCCCUGGACUCUGUCCCCUAGAGGUGACCUCAUCACCCCUGGACUCUUUGUCCCCUAUGACUUCAUCAUCUCUGGCCACCCUGUCCCUUAGAGAUGACCUCAUCUUCCCUUGACUUCUAACUUACAUUUUACAUUUAGUCAUUUAGCAGACGCUCUUAUCCAGAGCAGAUCCAAAUGACUAAAAAUGACUAAAUGUAACUUCUUUUCUCUAUCCUGACUUCUCUUCCUACCUUAUCUUCUAACCGCUGGGCAGUCUAGUUUGACACGACUGGAGUUCCUAGUCUAGAUGAGUCUCUCUUCAUUUGUCUUUUUACUGUAGGGAUAAGAACACUGGGCCUUCUUCUAAUGAUGAUGCUCAUUCUCUCUGGUGUCCCUCGGGCGCGGCAGGCUAUCUCUGUAUCUCUGUCGCCUGAAACUCUUGUCUUUAUGCUCACGUUCUAGGUAUUAUUGAGUGUGUGCUCUACCCUGCUGAUAAAACCGAUCUGGCUCA